AAAAAAAAAAAAAAAAAAAAAAGCACAUAGCAGAACACAACCCCAUGUACAUAGAAGAUAUAACCUAAAAUGUAUUUCUUCUCCUCCUUCUCCACCUUGUAAGAUACUCAGUUUCCUUCCUACUCAAAGGGAUGUGUGCAUGGACUCAGGGCAGCUCCCUUAGGGGCUGGGCAGGGAUCAUGGGAUGAAAUGGAAUCCUGUUCAUGAAGACAGCGCCUGUGCUGAGAGCCAGAGCAGGGUGCCAAACUUUCUCCUUACAAGCUGUGUGUGAUCUUGGGCUCUGAGCCUUAGCCCGUCAUCCAAAAUGCCUCCCCCGGUGCUUGCGGGGAAUGUCUGUGGAAGGUAAGUGUCUGGCAUAAUCCCAUCACAGAUUAGAUACUCAAUAAAAGUUUGCUGUUUUCCUUGGCUUCUCCCUUCCUAUUCUGGCCAAGAAGUUCUAUUCUCUGUCACCCCCUUCCCUCCUUCCGAGUGGAGUGAGACGAGUGAGGCCAGAGCUGAGCCGCUGAAUGACUGGGACCUAGAGGAUGCUGAUGCCAGGGACUCAGGCCAGCAUUGAGCCAAAGCACAGACUGGGCUUCUCUAGGAUCAGAGGUGCGAUGAUGGAGACCCAGCAAUUCUGGGAAAUGUAGAGGCAGGAAGUGAAAGGAAGUGUAGGGUAGAGGAGCAACAGCAGAUUGUGUACCUCUAUCCAGUCCUGCUACCAGAUGGUAAAAAUGAGGAAACUCCAAAAAGAGAAAAGGAAGUAGGCAUGGCCUGGAGGAGGAGAGCAGAGCUGGCUUCAGACCCAACUCUCUCCACCCACACACGGUCUCUGUGUGUUCCAAUCCCCGUUCAUUCUCAUUUACUGUCGAAAGUUGAGGAGAUGGGGUGUCCCAGAUGAUAGGGCUCCUGGGAUUUCAGACUGAAGACCAGCAGGACUCCAGUCACCUCUACCCCAGCUCUCCAGGACACAGCGCUUCCAACUCUGAGUGACGUCCCAACUCUGGUCCUUGCUUCACAACCAACGUGAGAAUCACACCCUCCAGACCUCCCACAGGUGACAACCUCAGAGCCGUGCUGGCCCAAGCUUGACAAUGACAUAUGAAAACUUCCAAGACUUGGAGAGUGAGGAGAAAGUCCAAGGGGUUAGAAAUGGGCUGCCUCCUCCCCAGUCCCUCCUGCAGCGUCUCCGCUCUGGGCCCGGCCUCCUCCUGCUGUCCCUGGGCCUUGGUCUCCUGCUGCUGGUCAUCAUCUGUGUGGUUGGAUCCCAAAAUUCCAAAUUUCAGAGGGACCUGGUGACCCUGAGAACAGAUUUUAGCAACUUCACCUCAAACACUGUGGCUGAGAUCCAGGCACUGACUUCCCAGGGCAGCAGCGUGGAAGAAAUGAUAGCGUCUCUGAAAGCUGAGGUGGAGGUUAUCAAGCAGGAACAGCAGGCAGUUCAUUCUGAAAUGCUCCUGCGAGUCCAGCGGCUGAUGCAAGACCUGAAUAAACUGACCUGUCAGGUGGCUACUCUCAAGAACAAUGCCUCUACUGAAAGGACCUGCUGCCCCAUCAACUGGGUGGAGCACCAAGACAGCUGCUACUGGUUCUCUCGCUCUGGGAUGCCCUGGGCUGAGGCUGAGAAGCACUGCCAGCUGGAGAACGCCCACCUGGUGGUCAUCAACUCCAGGGAGGAGCAGAAUUUUGUCCAGGAACAUCUAAGCUUCGCAUACACCUGGAUGGGCCUCAGUGACCGUGAAGGAGCCUGGAAGUGGGUGGAUGGAACAGACUAUGAGACCGGCUUCCAGAACUGGAAGCCAGGCCAGCCAGACGACUGGCAGGGGCACGGGCUGGGCGGAGGCGAGGACUGUGCCCACUUCCACCCAGACGGCAGGUGGAAUGACGACGUCUGCCAGAGGCCCUACUACUGGGUCUGCGAGGCUGGUCUGACCCAGGCCAGCCAGGAGAGUCACUGAGCUGCCUUUGGUGGGACACCUGGCUGCAGAAAUGGCGGUGGGGAGGAGGACUCUACCCAGCACCUCCUCUCAAGACCGCUCUGGCAGAGGAAUAAGCCCUGGGAGAUUGGGAGCACUGCCAACAUUUUGAAUGUUUUUUCUCCUUAACUUUAAAAAGAUGGUAUAGAGUUCUUAAACUUUUAUUUUUUUUCCAACUUUUGAAAGUCAACUUCAUGAAGGUAUAAUUUUUACAUAAUAAAAAUGCACUCAUUUAAAGAGUAGAGAUGACUUUGACAAAUAUGCAUGCCUAGGUGACUACUGCUCCGAUCGCAAUAGAUAACACUGCCAUCGCCCCCACCCUCAUGCCUCUAGGCAGUCCAACCACUUCCCUGUUUCCAGGCAACUAGUGGUCUACUUUUUUCCCACUAUUAACUGGCCUUGCCUCUUCUAGAGCUUCUAGAACUUCAUAUAAGUGAAAUCAUACACUCUCAUGUAUAUACUUCAUAUAAGUGAAUACAUACUCUUGUGAGAACUUA